AUGGGUUCAGUUAAUAGAUCAACUGUGACCCCAAGAAAGAGUAGAUUGGCUCGUACCUUUGCCAAGUUCUUCAACGAGGAAGAUGAGAAAUUUCAGGAAAAUGCAGCCAUGGAUGCUUUCAUCGCCAAAGUUUUUGCCACCAUAUCGUCCGUGAAAGCGACAUAUGCCCAAGAUGCUCAAUCUCCCCACGACGCUGAUGGAAUUCAAUCGGCUGAUCAGAUCGUGGUCACGGAGUUGAAGAGGUUAUCGAAAUUUAAACAAUCGUAA